GUGAGUGCUCUCAAGGCAGAAAAUUCGAUGAUGACCAUGACAACGAUGGCUGACGGUCUGGAGGCUCAGGACUCGUCCAAGUCUGCGUUCAUGGAGUUUGGGCAGCAGUCGCACUCACAGCAGAGCUCCCCGUCGAUGGCCGGCGGACACUACCCGCUGCACUGUCUCCACUCCGGCUCGCACGCGCACCACCAGCACGAGAACAGCGCGUACCCCGGGAGCAACACCUACAACAGGUCGUUACCUUACCCGUACGUGAGCCACGCGCACCACAGCCCGUACCUGCCUUCUUACCACAACAACACGGGAGGACAGACAAGGUUAGACGGCGCAGAGCAGCAGAAAACGACAGUGAUUGAAAACGGGGAGAUUCGUUUUAAUGGGAAAGGCAAGAAGAUUCGCAAACCGCGGACGAUUUAUUCCAGUUUGCAGCUCCAAGCACUGAACCAUCGUUUCCAGCAGACGCAGUACCUCGCUUUACCUGAGCGCGCGGAGCUGGCGGCCUCUCUGGGACUGACACAGACACAGGUAAAGAUUUGGUUCCAAAAUAAGAGAUCGAAGUUCAAGAAGCUGCUAAAGCAAGGCACCAACCCGCAUGAGAGCGACCCCAUACCGGGCUCCAUGUCCCUGUCCCCGCGCUCACCGACAAUCCCUCCAAUCUGGGACGUCUCGGCCUCUUCCAAAGGAGUAAGCAUGCCGGCCAACAGCUACAUGGCCGGCUACUCUCACUGGUAUUCCUCACCACAUCAAGAUUCAAUGCAGAGAUAGACUGGCAGAGUGGUGAGGGAUCAGCGAGCUGGUCUGGAGGCACCGCCGUGCAUUUCUUUCCUACAACAUGCGUCAGCGCAAAGACUGGAUGCUGGAGAGGACAUGGACAAAACACAGCCAAGCCUCCGGUGUGGUGUCACAAACAUGAGGACUAAACCUUUUUUACAUGGCUGUUCAUGGCAUUUGUUCUGCUUUCAUUCAUGUCAGUAUCUGAAUAUACCAAAUAAUCCAAGAGACAUUAUUUUCUGGAAGGAAAGA